UAUAUAUAUAUAUAGAAGAAAAUACCCGAAAGAAUUGAGUGGAAACUUAAAAAAAGAAAACGAAAAAAAAAAAUAAAAAAAAAUAAUAAUUUUGCGAAAAGCAGUAACCAGAAACUGAAAAGCAGAAACGUGGUGAAAACACUUCUUAGCCUUCUGCACUCACUUUCACAGAGAAUAUCCUGCUCUGUGACAACGACGCGUACUGCGCGUGAAAUUGCAGUGUCCAUCCUACAAUAAAACACACUGACUUUGCCGCCAACGCCCCACGACGAUUCUUUAAUAAUCAAGCUUCCUCUCCAAUUGCUUCACAAUGUGCCAGCAUAAUACCCGUGCGUUGUUGGCGCGCAGUUGCAGCUAUAAGACGAGUCGUUGGCUGCUGCUGUUGAUUGUGAUGUGCGAUAUGACAAACGGUGGCGUACAAGGACCUAUUGAGGGUUACAAUUCACUGGAGGAGCAUAUGCUCGCAUUGAGCACAACAACACAAUAUCCACCCACCACAGUUGGUUAUGUACACCCGAAGUGGAUAGAGCCAUACUUUGAUCCGUCAACGCCGCGCAAUGUCACCGCAUUAAUGGGCAAAUCGGCAUAUUUGAGUUGCCGCGUACGCAAUUUGGGCAACAAAACGGUUUCAUGGAUACGCCAUCGUGACAUACACAUACUCACAGUAGGUGGAUAUACGUAUACAUCAGAUCAGCGCUUUCAGGCCACGCAUCAUCAGGAUACCGAUGACUGGACGUUACAAAUAAAAUGGGCACAAAAACGUGAUGCGGGCAUGUAUGAAUGUCAAAUAUCAACGCAGCCGGUGCGCAGCUAUUUCGUGCGGCUCAACGUUGUGGUGCCAACAGCGACCAUCCUUGGCGGACCCGACCUUCAUGUCGACAAAGGCAGCACCAUAAAUCUUACAUGCACAGUGAAAUUCAGUCCAGAGCCGCCGGCCUACAUAUUCUGGUAUCAUCAUGAGGAGGUCAUCAAUUAUGAUUCGUCACGUGGUGGCGUUUCGGUAAUUACCGAAAAAGGCGAUGUUACGACAUCGUUUCUACUCAUACAAAAUGCCGACUUGGCCGAUUCGGGGAAAUAUUCAUGUGCGCCAUCGAAUGCUGAUGUGGCCAGUGUACGAGUGCAUGUGCUAAAUGUUCGGCCCAUCAUUUCAGGUGAACAUCCGGAGGCAAUGCAAACCGGCUCAUCCGGCUGUCAGUUUAGUUGGCUAACAAUUUUCCUGCUCGUCGCGAUGGUGUUGCUAUGCGAUCGCCAACAAAACUUCAUUGUACUAGCGACUGCUGUUGGCGGUCCUGGUGGGGCUGCAGAUGGUGGGGGGCGCACAAUGAAAGCGUCAACAAAAGCUGUUGUUAAAACAGCAGCAGCAACAACAACAAGAACCGUACGAAGUCAAGCAGCCACUGCAAUGGCGACAAAAUCAAAUGUAGCAGAGUGUUUGGUUGCAGUUGUAGCGGUAACUGCAGAUAAAAGCAUGCCCGCUGCGUUAACAGCAACAACAACAAUAGCGCGUACAGCAACAGCAGCAACAACAGCGGCAGCAACAAAAGAAACAGUUGUACGUCAAUUGCUGCAUAUACGGCAAACAAUAGUUGGUGUUGCAAUAGCAACAACAAAAACCGCUGCAUGCAAUUACACAUUGAGUGAUAAAAGCACAGUAACAACAACAACAGCUACUACUACUACUACUACUAGUACUACAACUACAACUAAUACUACGGACUUAGCAACACUUGCAACAGCACAGAACGUGUUGUUGGCUCUACUGCGUAGCAACAGCACAGUGAGUGCAGCGACAACAACAAAAACAAUGUGGCUAAAGAAGCCUACGACUGUCUCAACUACACCCAACAUAAGUCAAAUAGCAACAGCAAAAGCCGCAACAGCAACAACAAAAACAACAACAAUAGCAACAACUAACUAUUGCCAUGCAACGAAUAUGCCCACCAGUCCGUUGGUCUGCAGCUACAUAAACAACAGCAACAUAGCAGAUAGAAUAACAAUCGCCAAUGCCAGUCAGCUUGCAGUAGUAAGCUGUAGAUACAGCACCAACAACAACAACAACAAUAAUAAUAGCAAGAACAUUGACAACGAUAUUGCUGACCUCGACAGCAGCUACAGUAGUUCCUGCCGCAACAGUCCGAAAUUUACUAAGCCCCAAAUCAUCGAUUGUUACGAUAUCAUAAACAACAAUAGCAACAACAAAAGUAAUGAACAACAACGAAAUGUCAAAAUAUAUAAGGCUUACACUGGCAUACCCACAUGGUCAACCUACACCAAUCAAUGCGCCCGCUUGUUGUCGAGUUGCACCAACGGCACUGACACUAGCACCAAUACCAACGCUAACAGCGACAGCGGCAUCAACAGCCGCAGCCGCAUCCGCAGCGGCUUCAGCCACCAUCAUCAUCAGCAUCAUCACCAGCAGCAGCAGCAUCAGCACACGGCGUGUCACAGCGAAUGCUUCGAAAGUGUCAGAUGAUGUGUCUGCAUUUGUGGCAUGCAACAGCACAAACAGCAGGCAGUCCAUUGAUAACGGUAGUUAUGUAAAAUGGAAAAUUCUCAUUUUAAUGCCAUUCACAUUUCUGCGUUCAGUGCAACAGAACAACAACAGCAACUGAGC